GAGGGGGAGUGUGGCGCGGAGACGUUCGCGUCGUGACCUGUGCUGUCGGGUGACUGUUGGGACCCAGCAUUGGCACUGGCGUGACUGAUAUUGGGAGAGCACGACAGUUCCCCGCGCUGCUGUGGUGCAGCAUAGCUUGGAUACCUUUGCGCUGGACAGGUGACCAUGCCGUGUAACCUGACCUGACCUGACCUGACCCGAGAUGGCGCUGGUGCUCUUGGCGUGCGGGCUGCCGGCUCUGCUGAGCUGGUCCGCGGUCACUGCCGAAGAAGUGGUCCUGCUCGACACGACCCGCGAGCUCAUCCUGGAGUGGACCCGGUACCCGUUCGGGCCACAGUCCAAGCCGGGGUGGGUGGAGGAGAGCUACACCAAUUUCGAGAAGGGCAUCAACUGGCGCUCGCACGUGGUGUGCGACGUGGCCAAGCAGGACGUCAACAACUGGCUGUGGACGCCGUUCAUCGAGCGCGGCGAGGCCGAGCGCAUCUACAUCGAGCUCAAGUUCUCGAUGCGCGACUGCUCGCUGUUCCCGGGCACGGCGCUCAGCUGCAAGGAGACGUUCAGUCUGCUCUACUACGAGUUCGACGCGGCGACGCGCGAGCCGCCGCCCUGGGAGCCGGAGAGCUACCGGCUCAUCGACCGCAUCGCCGCCGACCAGGGCCGCUCCAGCUCCAGCCAGGAGCGCGUCAUCAACGUCGAGACGCGCUCCAUCCCCGUCACCAAGAAGGGCGUCUACUUCGCUGUGCGCGACCAGGGCGCGUGCAUCGCGCUGCUGGCCGUGCGCGUCUACUACCAGACGUGCGCGCAGGUGACGGCCGGCCUCGCGCAGUUCCCCGCCACCCCCACGGGCCGCGAGGAGACGACCAUCAAGACGGCGCGCGGCACGUGCGUGGCGAACGCGGCGCCCGGCGGCCACGACGGCCGCCCGCCCCAGUACAUCUGCAAGGGCAACGGCGAGUGGGAGCUGCUGGACGGACACUGCAGCUGCCGCGCCGGCUACGAGCCGCGGCCCGCCAACCAGUCCUGCCAAGUGUGCCCGUCCUCGACGUUCAAGCCGGAGCAGGGGAACGGCUCGUGCGGGGCGUGUCCGGACCACAGCAGCGCGCCGCACGCCGGCUCGGCCGUCUGCCCGUGCGACGCCGGCUUCUACCGGGCGCCGACGGACCCGGCCGGCCGCGCCUGCACUCAGCCGCCGUCGCCGCCGCGGCGUCUGCGGGCCGAGGUCGUGGACCAGAGCACGGCCGUGCUGACGUGGGGCGCUCCGCUGCGGGACGGCGGCCGGGCCGACACCACCUACUCGGUCGUCUGCGAGCGGUGCGGCGCCGGCGUCACCUUCAGCCCCGCUCAGACGGACCUGAACGGCACGCGCGUGACCGUGUCGGGCCUGAGUCCGGUCACAUCGUACCAGUUCCGGGUGCACAGCCGGAACGGCGUCUCGCCCGUGGCGGCCGGCGAAGACGGACACGUGGCCGUGGGCCUCACCACCCAGGCGUCAGUGCCGUUCAUGGUGUCGGAGGUGCGAGUGGCCCUGGUCCGACCUUCGGAGGCGGUGCUCAGCUGGCUGCCCCCAGCCGACUCCCGGGAGCAGGUGCUCAAGUAUGAGGCGCGCUACUUCGCCAAGGACGAGCGUGCCAACACGACCAGCCUGUUCGCGGACGCGCCCAGCGUGAGGGUGACCGGCCUGCGCCAGCACACCGAGUACGGCUUCCAGGUGCGCGCCCAGACCGAGCGUGGCUGGGGCGAGUUCAGCCGCACCACCUACACCACCACCGGGCACGGCCAGGUGGACUCAGCGUACGUGGGAGACGGCUCCGGCCCCAACGUGGACGUGAUCGCGGGCGUCUCGGUGGCCGUCGGCGUCCUGCUGGCCGUCGUCAUCGUCGUGGCCUUCCUGCUCGUCAGGAGUCGGAACAUGGAAGACUCCAGUAAGAAGCGUCCGAACGACCCGCGACGGACUGAACUUCCAGAACAAUUGACGUCGCCGGCGUUCAGCCCGGUGACGCAUCAGCGCACCUACAUCGACCCGCACACGUACGAGGACCCGAACCAGGCGAUCCGCGAGUUCGCGCGCGAGAUCGACGCCUCGCACAUCAUCAUCGAGGCCGUGAUCGGCGGCGGCGAGUUCGGCGACGUGUGCCGCGGCAAGCUGCGCGUGACCGGCCAAGAGCGCACGGUGGCUAUCAAGACCCUGAAGCCCGGCUCAACGGACAAGGCCCGGGUGGACUUCCUCACCGAGGCGUCCAUCAUGGGCCAGUUCCAGCACCCCAACGUUGUCUUCCUGCAGGGCGUCGUCACCAAGAGCAACCCGGUGAUGAUCAUCACCGAGUUCAUGGAGAACGGAAGCCUGGACACGUUCCUCAAGGCGAACGACGGCAAGUUCCAGGUGCUGCAGUUGGUGGCCAUGCUGCGCUGCGUGGCUGCCGGCAUGCAGUACCUCUCCCAGAUGAACUACGUGCACCGCGACCUGGCCGCACGAAAUGUGCUGGUCAACUCGCAGCUGGUCUGCAAGAUCGCCGACUUCGGGCUCAGUCGGGAGAUUGAGGCCACGAGGGAAGGAGCUUAUACCACACGGGGCGGCAAAAUCCCUGUCCGCUGGACGGCGCCGGAGGCCAUAGCGUUCCGCAAGUUCACGUCCUCCUCGGACGUCUGGAGUUUCGGCAUCGUCGCCUGGGAGGUCAUGUCGUACGGCGAGCGGCCCUACUGGAGCUGGAGCAACCAGGAGGUCAUCAAGAGCAUAGAGAAGGACUACAGGCUGCCGGCGCCGAUGGACUGUCCGGAGGCGCUGCACCAGCUGAUGCUGGACUGCUGGCAGCGCGAGCGCGCCCACCGACCGCCGUUCGUCAGCAUAGUGCACACGCUGGACGGCCUCAUCAGCUGUCCGGAGACGCUCCGCAAGGUAGCGCCCAGCAGGAGCACGAACCCGCUGUCGCCUGAGGCGGCUGAGCUGGCGUACGUCAGCACAGUGGAGGCGUGGCUGGCCUCGCUCAAGAUGAGCCGCUACGUGGAGAGCCUGCGGGCGGGCGGCAUCACCUCGCUGGAGGCGGCGGCGCGGCUCAGCCAGCCGGAGCUGGCCGCGCUCGGCGUCACGCUGGUCGGCCACCAGCGCAAGAUCAUGAACAGCGUGAUGGCGCUGCGCGUCCAGGCGCGCGUCAACCGGCCCGAGGCCUGCUUCGUGUAGCGGCCGCGUGCGGCGCUAGUG